UUAAUCUCCUUUUGCGGUGCUCUCUCCCUUCCUUUCUCUCUGUGAAGGUAAUCAGAUUCCCUACAAUUUACAGCUCCACUGCAGUGAAUCUAAUGAAUUCUCUUAAUGUAUGUAGGUCAUUCACUACUGAAACGCAGUUUUUCCUCUCCAAAACAAUAUCGGAGGUGUAAACGCAUUCAUUGGUCUGUGAGAUUGCGUUUGGGUUUUUGCAGGACUUUAAGAUUUUCUUUGCGAUAGAUAUUUUUCCUUCGUUCCUUGAAGUCCGGACUACGGAAAACGACCCAGAUGGUCCAGACACAGCAACGGGGCUUUUUCAGGAGGACCCUGCAACUUAUCAGGUGCCUAUUGGCCUCUCCGAUGACGUUAGCUGCACUUAUCAUCCGGCUAAUCAAUAAAACAGGAAUCAAUUCAGGGAAGUAAUAGCACCAGCAAAAACAGAACAACGUUUCCCAUCCUCCUGUUGCCUAGAGACCAAGGCUUCCAACAAGAUAAGACCUGCCUCCUGUGAUGGGGAGUGGUGAGAGGGCCAAUCUAAUUGCUGGCCGUUUUGUGCGUCAGUCCAACGUUGUAGCCUGAAGUGAGGCAAUCGGGCUGUGGAAGAACCAGACCGUUCCCACUCCUGUUACAGUGGACCAUGUCGAGGCCCAGAGGAAUUGUAUGGCUGCCAUUCAUUUUCACCCCUGUUUACGUCAUGUUGAAUGUAAACUUGGUCUUCUGGAUCGCUGCCCUCGCCGUGAGGUUCACCGUCAUCAAUGGCCAACAAGCACAAUAUUCUAUCGUCACCACAAACUAUGGGAAGCUGCGAGGAUUAAAAACUCCGUUGCCCAACGAAAUCCUGGGACCGGUGGAACAGUACCUGGGGAUCCCUUACGCCUCUCCGCCCACGGGCGCGAGGAGAUUCCAGGCCCCUGAACCGCCCUCUUCUUGGCCUGGCAUCCGAAACGCCACCCAGUUUGCGGCUGUCUGUCCUCAGUACCUGGAGGACAGGUUUUUGCUAAACGACAUGUUGCCCGUCUGGUUUACUGCCAAUUUGGAUACAGUGGUAACCUACGUGCAGGACCAAAAUGAAGACUGCCUUUACUUAAACAUCUAUGUCCCUACGGAGGACGACAUUCAUGAUGAGAAUGGCUUGAAACCAGUCAUGGUGUACAUUCAUGGUGGAUCCUACAUGGAGGGGACAGGCAACAUGAUUGAUGGAAGCAUCCUUGCAAGCUACGGCAACGUCAUCGUAGUCACCAUCAACUAUCGAUUAGGAGUUUUAGGAUUUCUGAGCACAGGUGACCAGGCAGCUAAAGGAAACUAUGGACUGCUUGAUCAAAUUCAAGCACUGAGGUGGAUCAAGGAAAACAUCCAGGCAUUCAAGGGGGAUCCAAAGAGGGUCACCAUAUUUGGAUCUGGUGCAGGAGCCUCAUGUGUGAGCUUGCUGACACUGUCUCACUACUCGGAAGAUCUUUUCCAGAAAGCCAUCAUACAAAGUGGGACAGCACUGUCCAGCUGGGCAGUCAACUACCAGCCAGCCAAAUACACACGGAUGCUGGCGGAGAAGGUUGGCUGCAACAUGCUGGACACCAUUGACUUGGUGGAAUGCCUCCAGAACAAGAACUACAAGGAGCUCAUCGAGCAGAACAUCACCCCGGCAAAGUACCACAUCGCUUUCGGGCCUGUCAUUGACGGGGAUGUAAUACCAGACGACCCGCAGAUCCUAAUGGAGCAGGGGGAGUUCCUUAAUUAUGACAUCAUGCUGGGGGUGAACCAGGGAGAGGGAUUUAAGUUUGUGGAUGGCAUUGUGGACAGUGAGGAUGGCGUGUCUGCCAAUGAUUUCGAUUUCGCGGUGUCUGACUUUGUCGAUCACCUGUACGGCUAUCCAGAGGGGAAGGAUACCCUCCGAGAGACCAUCAAGUUCAUGUACACGGACUGGGCCGACAAGGAGAAUCCGGAGACGCGCAGGAAGACACUGGUCGCACUUUUCACAGAUCACCAGUGGGUGGCGCCAGCCGUGGCUACGGCAGAUCUACACGCUCAGUAUGGCUCUCCCACUUACUUUUACGCAUUCUAUCACCACUGCCAAAGUGACAUGAAGCCCAGCUGGGCUGACUCAGCGCAUGGGGAUGAGGUUCCUUACGUCUUUGGGAUCCCGAUGAUCGGGCCCACGGACCUCUUCAAUUGCAACUUCUCCAAGAAUGACGUCAUGUUGAGCGCAGUCGUCAUGACCUAUUGGACCAACUUUGCCAAAACAGGAGACCCAAAUCAGCCAGUUCCCCAAGACACAAAAUUCAUCCACACAAAACCAAACCGCUUUGAAGAGGUGGCCUGGUCCAAGUACAACCCGAAGGACCAGCUAUACCUGCACAUCGGGCUGAAACCCAGGGUCCGGGACCACUACAGAGCCACAAAGGUGGCCUUCUGGUUGGAGCUUGUCCCGCAUUUGCACAACAUAAACGAACUGUUCCAGUAUGUAUCGACAACAACCAAGAUUCCUCCUCAGGACACAACCCCAUUCCCGUACACCAAACGUUUCCCAGGGAAAACGUGGCCUUCCACCACCCGCCACCCCAUCGUCCCUCCCGGCAAUACCAAGCAAGUGACGGACCAACAUAAAACAGGAGAUCCAGAUGAGACGACGGUAAUUAUUGAGAACAAGCGGGACUACUCCACGGAGCUCAGCGUGACCAUCGCGGUGGGCGCCUCUCUGCUCUUCCUGAACAUCUUGGCUUUCGCCGCACUUUACUACAAGAAGGACAAGCGCCGGCACGAGUCCAACCGCCGGCCAAGCCCGCAGCGGAACACCGCCAAUGACAUUGCCCACAUCCAGAACGAAGAGAUCAUGUCCCUGCAGAUGAAGCAGCUGGAGCACGACCACGAGUGCGAGUCGCUGCAGGCCCAUGACACGCUGAGGCUCACCUGCCCCCCGGACUACACCCUCACGCUGCGCCGCUCUCCGGACGACAUCCCGCUGAUGACCCCCAACACCAUCACCAUGAUCCCCAACUCCCUGGCCGGGAUGCAGCCCAUGCACACCUUCAACACAUUCAGCGGCAGCCAGAACAGUACCAACCUCCCCCAUGGACACUCUACCACGCGAGUAUAG